CACAUCUUGAUUCCUGUUAGAUAACAUUUUUUUUUUCUAAAAAAAUAAAAACGGUGGUGAAAUUCACAAGUUAACAAUCGCUUCAUCAUCCAAUUUCAUUUUGUCCUUCAUCUUCUUGUAAUCGUCUGACCAAGUUUUAAAAAAAAAUGUUUGGAGGUUUACCAACUCCGACUGAAACCGAAGCUCCAGAUACUGUCUUGACGGCCGGUCCGGUCAGUUCUUCGGCCAGUGUUGACUACCAUCAUCAUCAUCACGAUCAUCCAGAUUGUGACGGAAGUCCUGGUAGUCAGGACGAUCACAACGGUCAUCUGACAACAUCGCAAUCUGCGCACAUUACGCUCAGCAGCAGUUACUACAGCAACAGUUCAGGAUCAACAGGUGGUAGUCUCAAUAAUUCAGGGCCUGUCGGCUCACCUGUGCUCUACUACGACGGACCAUCAAACAAUCAUCACUGGAUGGCUCAGGGUUCGAUGGAUCAUCACCAGAAUCAACAGCAGUCAAACUAUGGCGGAGUUAUGAGUCGUUACAAUAGCGUGGUCAGCUCUGUGCCAUCGACGCCGACGUCGCCUCGAAACAGCACGACAGCAGGAAGUGGUUCAGCAACUGCUACUACUCGCCUUCCGCCUUACGCCGCAACGUACGGUGACUACGGAGCUGCGGCGGCGGCCGCAGCGGCCGCAGCUGCUGCUGCAGCCGCCGCUGCCGGAUGGCCUAACGUUCCCUCUUCUCCUCCAUUCGAUUCAAGCAAUCUCGGUGGAAGUUCGACCAGCGCAUGGACCGGCAAUGGAAAUCGGGGCGGACCGGGUAACAACAACCGUCACCAUCUUUCGCAUCAAUACGGAGGCAGUCCAGCGUCGAUGAUGCUCAGCUCUUAUUGCACCAUGAAUACAGACGAAGACUACGAGCAGGUGGACGGCCGAGAAUGCGUCAACUGCGGAUCAAUUUCGACGCCGUUGUGGCGUCGCGACGGCACCGGUCAUUACUUGUGCAACGCUUGCGGACUGUACCACAAGAUGAACAACGGAACUCAGCGUCCUCUCAUCAAGCAAACGCGCCGCUUGUCGACUACGCGACGUCUGGGUUUGCGGUGCGCCAAUUGUGCGACGACGACAACGUCUCUGUGGCGCCGUAACAAUCAGGGAGAAACCGUUUGCAAUGCUUGCGGUCUCUAUUUCAAAUUGCACGGAGUCAACCGGCCUUUGGCCAUGAAGAAGGACAACAUCCAGACCCGCAAACGCAAGCGAAAGGGAGACACCACACCUGUCAGCAAAGUUGCAUUGGGUGCCGUUCCGACAUCUUCAGGCAGUUCGGCUGGCCAUUCCGGACAUCACAAUCAUUUGAAUCAGCAUCACCAUAUGAAUCACAAUCAAUCGCAGCAACAGCAAUCGUUACCUAGUCUUUCGAAUCAUUUGAAUCCGGGCUCUCCGAACUCGUUCGGAGCUCCGAUUUCCAUGAUGAUGGGCAAUGGCAACAGCAAGUUAGUUUACCAGCAUCAUCAUCAUCACCAGGACCCUGUCAACAGCAUGAGUCCCAUUCACCACAGCGACUUGAUCAAAACCGAACAUUCAGUUCUAAAUGAUGGCGAUUGCUUGUCGCCGGAGAACACGUCGCCGUACGUUAGCGGCAAUGCCAGUCCGGUAGAAUCACACCACCAUCAUCAACAGCAAUUACAUCAACAGUGUUACGAUCUACCACCGAUGGCGGCCAUGAAUAUGACUGUCCAGCAACAUCAGCAGCCCGGUUGCAGUAGCAGCGGUGGAGCUGGACAUUACAGCAGUAAUAAUUCGCCCGUUUCAUCAUCGUAUCCGGGCUCGGUCAGUCCCAACAACAACAUCAUCUCAUCUCAAAAUGGUGGCGUCGCCGGUGCAAAUGGCGGUUUGAAUAAUAAUGAUUUCGGAGCUUUUUCCUCCUAUUAUUCAACGGCCAAUAGCCAACAACAACAUUAUUAUGGCAAUGUGAUCCAACAGCAACAACAACAUUCGCCAGAAGAUUGCUCCGGAGAUCAACCACAGUCGCUUAUGUCCAGCUAAAUGAAUAUCUUUUUAAAAUCUAUCGACUUUUAUUAGGAUUCCAAAUGACUCGUAUAAGUAUCGACAUUUUUGAUUUUAUGCUCCUGGGGUGUUUUUAGAUUCAUUUUUUUUUUUAAUAAUCCCUUUUUUUUUAAUCAACCGUAC